CGCCUUCAAAGACGCAGUUCCACUCCGCAAAAAGGUGAACGAAGACGCUGUUCGCAUCAAACUGAUUUUUAAUUUCUAAUAGUAAAAAAUGCAACGCGUCAGGUUGUUCUUGGCUCUUCUGCUUGUGCUGGCGGCGUCAGCGAAUGCCAAGCCGGCCGACGUUAUUUCUCCCAGGGUAACUGGGGAGGAAAUCAAUGCUUACGUUGAUGUGUUGGUUGAAGAAGUGAAGCGGCUCAUUAUCGAGCAGGGUCUCGAGCCCUACAUGCUGCCUGACCUCGUCAGGGGCUUUAGUUUCACGGAUCUUUUGGGGAUCGUUUGGCACGGUGAGGCCUCGCUGACUAGAGGCAACUUGAUCGGACUGUUGACCUUGCACCGCGUGGGUGACAUGGACAUUACCCCGGCUGGCAACAACCUCACCGUCCGAGGCCAGCUCGGCUUCACCACCCUUCAGUUUGAUUACAUGUUUGAGGCGACUUUCAUGGACUUGGGCCCUACCGGCGAGGCGAUCGGCAUUAUCGAGAACACGAGGCUCGCUUUCACCAUGGUUAUUGACCUGACCACUGGAAGAGGAACCCUGAUCGAAGAGGAUUUCAACAUUGCCGACGUUGGGAAAAUCAGUAUUGAUAUUAAGGGACUCGGCUUUGGACUGAACUGGCUUGCCGAAGUUUUCGUCAAUUUGUUUGUGGACGUGUUCAAGGGAGUCAUCAUCUGGCUAAUUGAAGACGAAGUCUUCCUCCUCUUGCAACAAGCCAUCUCCAACAUUAUUUUUGGAUUCAUUUUCGGCGCAGUCAUGUAAAUAGAAUUUGAAUAAAAUUCUGUUAGUGCAAUAUUUAUUGUUGUCUAACAGAAGAGCAAUGAAAUUUUAAAUGUAAAAUUAAAGAGUAUUUUAAAAACCAUAAUUGAAUUUUGAUAAAAAAAAAUUCUGACAAUUUUUGUCUGAAAAACCUUGUUUUAUUUGCAAAUUAAUCUUCAUGCACUUCUAUUGUGCCCUAUAUGUA